UCUUGCUUUGUCUGACUCUGUAAACGUGGACAAAAUGCACCAAGGGUGGUUAAUAUUUGGAGAGUCUGAACUUGAAUUGUUAAACAAAUGGGCUUUUGAAGGUGAAAAAUUAAUUCACGGAAAGCCUUCUGGAAUAGACAACACAGUUAGCACAUAUGGUGCCUUGAGCAACAUAGUUAAUGUAUCGCGAUAUUGGAAGUCCCGAAAGUAUCUUUAGCCUAAUCAGUGGCUUCAAAGUUGGUUGAAAAGAGAAAUUCAAGCUCUUUUGCAGGAAGAGAAUGUUGACAUUAUUGUACAUCAUAUUCUUGGUGUGGUUGAUUCAUUCCUGAAAAGGACCAAUCAACUUCAUGAAAUGAUGACAUCUGAAACCAAACAAGAAGAGUUCAAGACUCUAGUUUGUGAUGCAGCAAGGCCUUUCCUAGCUGCAAGAACAGACAGAUUUGUGAAUGAGUUGGAAUUGUUUCUUGCUUCAGGUUUCAAUAUUGAAGCUUACGAUGAUGUUUACACACAGCAGCUGGGUUGGAACAAUCCUGGAGCGACUGGUGAGUCUGCAGAUGUAGAACCUAGUGUAGCCAUACCAGCAGUCCCAUACUUGUAUAGCUUUGAUGAUGACUCUGAUGAAACUGACUGAGGCUGCAGGAGGAGAACCCUAUGAAUGGACGCACCAGCAAGCCCGAGUUCUAUGCCUUGGUUGACAACUGUGAUGAAGUUGAUUGAAACCUUUAUUUCCAAUGUAGAACCACACAACUUCCAUUACUCUGUAUCUCAAAUUUCAAGUGUAUGUGCUGCCGAUACAUAUACAUAUAUAUAGAUUAGAGCAUGUAAUGCAGAUUAGCUUGUAAUUGAGAUUGAAACUGUUUUUUCAGCAUAGCGCUUUUUUGAAUAGCCUCUAA